AUGGCCAAGUACGAAAUUGUUAUGGUCCGCCACGGCGAGUCCCAGUGGAAUCAGCAGAACCUUUUCUGUGGUUGGUUCGACGCCGACCUCUCUGAAGCCGGUGUUGCUGAGGCCGCCGCUGCUGGACAGGCCUUGAAGAACGCUAACUACAAGUUCGACGCUGCACACACUUCUCUCCUUCAGCGUGCCAACAAGACCUGCAACUCGAUUCUCGAGGCUCUUGGUCAGCAAGACAUUCCAAUCAACUACACCUGGCGUUUGAACGAGCGCCACUAUGGUGAUUUGACAGGCCAGAAUAAGAAGGAAGCCGUCGAAAAGUUCGGAGCUGAUCAGGUUCAGAUCUGGCGACGAUCCUUCGCCACUCCUCCACCUGCCAUCCUUGAGGCGAAUGCCUACUUCGAAACCAUUCAAAAGAACCCCAAGUACAAGGACGUUCCAGCUGAAGAAUUCCCAGCUUGCGAAUCGCUCGAGCUCACCAUCAAACGAACGCUCCCAUAUUGGAACGACGUGAUUGUCCCUCAGCUCAAGGAGGGCAAAAAGCUUCUCAUUGCCGCUCAUGGAAACUCCCUUCGAGGCAUUGUCAAGUACCUCGAUGACAUGACAGAGGACCAAAUCAUGGGCUUGAACUUGCCUACUGGAAUCCCAUUCGUUUACGAGCUCGAUGAGAACUUCAAGCCCGUUGUUUCGAUGAAGUUCCUCGGAGAUGAGGAGACUGUCAAGGCCGCCAUGGAAAAAGUUGCUGCUCAGACUGGCGGCGCCAAGAAGUAA